AUGGAAAUCAAUUAUAAUUUAUUAUCACCUCCAUCUCUACAAUUAAAUAAUACAAAUGAACGUAGAACAUCUUCAAUAAAUAAUAGUGUGGUUGGUCCAAUUAGAUCACAUCAAAACAAUCAUAUCAAUAAUCACAACAAUAGAAAUUCCUAUUUAUAUUUAUCCUCAUAUAUUCCAUAUGGAAUGAUAAAUUCUGGGCUUAUUGCAACUAGUCCAUCGUCAUCAUCCUCCUCCUCCUCCUCUUUGGGAAUCAAAAAAUAUAGUUCGCUGAGAUCCACUAGCGGCCAAUCUAGUGAAGUGACAACUCCAGAGAUGUGUUCACAGAAAUACAAUGAUCUCUUCAGUGUUGUGCAUUGUAGAACUGAGGAAUUCGAAAGAAUCAAAACAUCUCUGAGUAGCAUGGCUAUCAAGAUCAAAAGCAAUGACCUCUGGCAAGAUGACAUCGAUGAUGACAAUCUCAUUUCAUUGGCUUCAAUGUAUUGCAAAGGAAAAUGGAAAACCAUUGGAAAAUCACUAUUGAAAAACAAAAGAUAUAAUAGAGGAUAA